CAAUACUUGCAAGCUGAGCCCGCAUUGUCUCAUUAUGUCAUUUGAAUAACAAUUAACAGCGUUUCAGGAAUUUGUCAUAAUGAUAUAGCACAAACGACUGCGAAAUUAUAGGCAAUCGAAAAUGCUGCUCGCCAUUUCCCGGCCACUAGCCCGCUCCGGAGCCGGUCAGGGCACGGCUUUACAUGCUCGAUGGUGCCGUGCCGGGCUAGGCUGGCCUGGGCUGGGCUGCUCCCGCCAAGAGUACCAUUACACUGCCGCAACCGCCCAGACCGCUGCGGCCUCGAGCUCGCCGGACAACGGGAGCGGCCCCAGCCGCGCCUACCCGCGCGAGCCACGGGUUGGCGUGGGCGUUGUCGUGUUCCGAACGCCACCCGUCCUGGGGGGCCCCGAGCCUGAGGUGCUGUUGGUGCGGCGUGCGAAGGAGCCGGACAAGGGGCGCUGGUGCCUGCCGGGCGGCUCUCUGGAACUGGGGGAGACGCUGGCGGACUGUGCCGCGCGAGAGGUAAAGGAGGAGGCUGGGCUGAACUUAUUGGGCGCAACCGAUGGCUCUAGCAGCGCAAGCAGUGGGCCCGCGCCUUGGGACUUGCUGAAGAACGGGCCAAUUCCGUUUGCAGCAGUGGACGUCAUUCGUAAGGAGCCAGGUGGAGGCAUCAAGUUCCACUACGCUGUGAUUGAGGUUGCCGCUGUGUGCUCGGACCCUGCCGCGGCGCCCGUGCCUGGGGACGACGCCGACGGGGCCAUUUGGGUGCCGCUGAGCAAGAUGCGCGGCAUGCCAGACUUGACCGUGCGCUGUGAUGAGAUGGCGGAGGAGGCGCACCGCCGCUUCGCCGUGCUGGCAGCGGGCCAGUAGUGCCGGGCUGGGCUUGAAACAGACGACGUCAGGCAGCAACAGUUACGGUGCGACAGGACUAGGCAAGCAAGUCAGAGAGGUCUGGCGCACGUUCAGAGGUUGCAAGUGCCUCAGAGGGGAAAGCGAUGAUGAAGUAUGUGCAGCUUGGGGAGUACAGUACUGCGGUGGCAGUACUGGGGGUGCCGGGAGCAGGCGGGGUCCAGGGCGCUCAUUUCAGUGUGCUCGGGCCUCAGGACCUCGGCUGGGGACAUGCCCACAUGCGAUGACCAGAGGCUUUCAGUGGACUGGAACGCACACCUGUGAUAAUAUCUCGACACCCAAAAAUGCACAACCGACGCUGCAAGUUGCCGCGACUUCUGUAAACGAUCGCCAAG